AUGAUGGCGGACAAGUCUAGCUCUACUGUUUACAUUGGUAACCUGGAUGAGAGAGUCGGUGAUAGGGUGCUGUAUGAUAUUCUCAUUCAAGCAGGCCGUGUGGUGGAUUUACAUAUUCCUCGGGACAGGGAGACCGAUAAGCCUAAAGGUUUUGCUUUUGCUGAAUACGAGUCGGAAGAGGUGGCUGCUUAUGCUGUGAAGCUUUUCACUGGGCUUGUGACACUCUACAAGAGGACACUGAAAUUUGCGAUUUCUGGGCAAGACAAAUCCUCAGCGAGUUUACCCGUUGCAAAUACCCCUAUGGUUACUUCCUCUCUCAAACCAAGGCCAUACCAUGCCCCAUAUGAUAAUACAGAACUUUCAUCUCAAUCAUUAAGCCGGUUCUCAGAGAACAAAAUAAAUUACAUACAAGCGCCGGUUCCUUAUGAUGUAUCUAUGAACCAACCUAAUGGGUAUAGAACACACCAUGACAGCGUCGAUUACAAUUACAGUCGAAGAGUAUUCGGGGCAGUAUUGGAUAGUAUGAUGAGGAGGAGGGAACCCACCUGGGAUGCAGAUGAAAUAGAGACCAUGUCCGUUAUUCUUAGCCCCUCCGCCGUCGUCUACACUCCACCUCCGGCGGACCUCUUCACCAUCAACAAUUACAUUAACAGCCUAGCCAAAAGCGGCCAGCUGCAUCUGGCCAACAAAGUGUUCGGCAAAAUGCCUCAGAAAAACGCAGUUUCUUGGACGGUCCUCAUUUCAGGCUAUGCUCAGCAUGGGAAGUCCGAUCAAUGCUUCCACUUGUUUGGUCAGAUGAUGUUCCAUUUCAGGCCCAACGAUUUCGCUUAUGCGAGUGUGCUGUCGGUGUGCGACUGCCCACGUGGCCGGCAAGUUCACGGGCUUGUUCUGAAAACCGGUUUCGGUUCUUGGAUUUAUGUUGCUAAUUCUCUCUUGGCCAUGUACUGGAAGAACAGUCGUGAUUCUGGUUCGGAAGCUUGGAGGGUGUUUGAGUCAAUGGAUUUCCGUAAUCUUGUUACUUACAAUUCAAUGAUUUCAGGGUUCGGGAUGCAUGGAGAAGGUGAUAGAGCAAUGGAUUUAUUCAUAAGAAUGCAUCAUGAUGGGGUCGAGUUCGAUCGUGCUACAAUAUUGGCUUUGGCUGGCUUGGUCCUGGAUGUGUCAAAAACUGCUCUGAUCAAAGGCUAUUCUGCUCUGGCUAGCGAAUUUAGUGGUUGUCUUAAGUUGUUCAUGGAGACAAGUGGUAAUGAUCGCGAUAUUGUUCUGUGGACUGGAAUUUUGACAGCUUGUGCCGAAUGGGAACCUCAUGCUGAAGGCCUAUGCUGCUAUGCAAUGCAUGGUAAGGCUGAAAAUGCGUUGAUUGCUUUCGAGAAAUGGACGUUGGUCCCGAUGGGACCAUUUCCGCAGCUCGACCACUAUGCAUGCAUGGUCGAUAUUCUCGGCCGGGCUGGACAUGUUUCGGAGGUCGAAAGAAUCGUAAGGGAAAUGCCUAUGAGGCCCGAUUAUGUCAUCCGGAGUGCUUUCCUUGGUGCGUGUCAUAAAUAUGGGGACGCGAGGGCAGCCAGCCUUGCGUUGUCAAACUUGAAGGAAUUGGAUCCCGAAAACUCACUGGGGUAUGUUUUGACCUCGAAUAUUUAUUGCUUGUUUAGAAACUAUGAUGUAGGUGGUUCCUUGCGAAUGAAAAUGAAUCAUAUUGGGGUUAGAAAGGAACCGGGUUUGAGCUGGACAGAGGUGGGCCACCGAGUCCAUGAAUUUUCCUGUGGGGGCCAUCGGCACCACAUGUUAAUCCACCAAUUAUGA